AUGAAUACUAGGAAUUAUCCUGAUCUAAAUAAAGACUUGAUUCCGAUCGUACUCGCAGAGGACGACACUCAGGGACAGACAUCCAUCACAAAUGCCUUGGGAACAUUGGAUGCACCUCUUUCAGCCAAUGCGGCUACUGAUCCCACUGUUGCGGUCCUUCAAGAGGCCGCUAAAAGCGCGGAUACCGAGGUACCACCUUCGACUCACGCUGACAAUGAGGGCACUGCUGCUGUUGAUGGCGAAAUUGGCAACGGCGCGGAUAUUCAAGGGGUUGUUGAGCAGUUUGUUCUAAAUGAGGAGACAGCCGUUGUGAAUGGUCAACCGAUGCAAGUCGUGACCCUCAUGGAUUCCAGUGGACGUAUGUUGGAUCAGAAGCAUGGAAAAACUGGCGAACAAGUGGUCUUGGAAAUGCACGGUCAGAUGUUCUCUUAUGAACUCCAAGGACCGUCUGCUGACGGUGAAGCCAUCACAUCCACUUUGUUGGUCUCUUCUUCCGACCCCGACGAAGAAGAAACCGCCGAUAUUCGCCCACUGACUGCCACAGUUGAACAACCACCAACCACCAACACCACCUGGUCACAAGAAAUUACCACGAACGGAAAGCCAGAAGAAGAUGUCGAUGCCACCGCUUCUAGUCAACAAUUUACACUUACCGAGGCAUCGGCGAUCGUCGAUGGCGAGCCCCUUCAGACUGUUGUCUUGACCGAUGAGCAAGGAAAUGUGCUAGACCAGAAACAGGGUCGAACCGGUGAGCAUGUGCUCAUAGAGAUGAGCGGUAAUGCGUUGGAAUACGUCUUUCUCGGACCGACAGAGGACGGCGGACCAAUCACUACAACUCUGCUUGUCACUUCCGAUCCGAAUGUCGUGGGCAGUGAAUCGGCUGAUGACGCAGGUGCUUUGGGCCCCUAUGACGCCAACGAAGCGAUUUCUACGGUGGCAGAUUGCUGUCCUGCCGGCUUACCGCUUGAAUUCUAUUCAGUUCUGUGUCGCCAGGUUGAGAAUAUUGUUGCCACUCGCAUUCCCAGGAAUCAAGAUGGUUCAUCGCUCUAUCGACCGGAACCUUACCAUCGUAAACUGGGUUCACUCUCAACCUAUCAGCAAAUGACCGAGUUGGUGAACGGCUAUCGUGUUGGUGCCAGUCGAGGAGAAACUCUUGAACUGUACGAAAGCCUGCGUAACUUUGCUCGAAUCUAUCGCCCUUCUGGUCCACAAUCGAGAGCUCUGACCAAGUAUGAAGUUGCCAUGAAUGAAGCAGCUGCACAGUUCAGUCGUUAUCAUCCGGGACUUCUGUUUCACAAACGGGAGUUGUUCCAUUUAGCCAAAGAAACGGUGGAACAGUUACAAGCUCUUCUAAUCAGUGAGAGGAAACCACAACAGAGUCAGGAGACGAUUUCCCAGUUUCCCUCUCAAAUUCAAACAGAGUUGUCAGUUUCAAAGCCACAACCACAACCGCCAGUGCAACCAACAUCACGGUCGAUACCGCCCCCCACAGCCGCCGUUAGCGGUCGAGUUGCCAACUCUCAACUGGCUUUGUUAGAGUCACGUGGCUUCUCAGGUAUCAAACAACUAGCCUUGGGCAGCACAUCCACAGGUCAGACCUCGUUCGUUGUCACCUCUCCCGUUGAUCUGGUGUCUGAUUCAUCCGCUGCCGUCGACCGAUCAUCCAACACAACCACUUCCUUCACAUCGAGUGACAUCGCAAACAGCAAUGACACGCGCUAUUAUCCCGGAGUACAUGUUAUGAAGAGGGACUCCUUUAACAAGCUUUCCUCAGCGCAAGAAGAAGCACUACGUACUGCCGCAGUAGAGCUGAUCGUGGACUUGCCGCGUUAUGACCUGAAACCAAAGGCCGAUUGCACAAAUAUUGAACUAGGCUGCUGGGAACAAGCGAAACAGUUGGCUUCUCAGGCCUUGGACACUUCAUCCGAAACGCAUUCCAAGAUAAAUUCGCUGAUAUGUAAUGAGAAACGCGUUGAAGCGGUUCGUGAAGCCGCUGCGCUCUAUGGUAGAACGCCCGGUAACUCACAGUUUCCCGGACCUCCUAGUGGCGUGUCUCGCUCCUCUCCCGUCUCAGCGUUAAUCCCAUAUGAGAUCGCUUGCAAUGAAGCUGCGUCCUAUUUAGCGGCAGCAGUUCCUCAGCUGCUUACGCAUAGACGAGAGUUGUCCGAACUUGCCAAAAAGAUAGUACGGAACUCCGGUUGUUUGUUCACCAACACUGUCAGCACAGAUAAAAUGAUUGUUGGCAGCGGUGGCUACCGAUUCUUCUGCUCUGACCAGCUUCCUGAACUAGAUUUAUCUGCGGCCGAUCAACUACUAACAGACCCGUUAGAUCGCAGUGAUUCGCCCGACUCCGGAUGUUGUUUGGCUAUGAGUGAACCCGAAAUGGAGAAUGUGGUCCUCAACUUUCCGACUCUCAGUCUGACUUGCGAAGAAUGCAACAACGUGAUUGAUGACGUCACCAUUUACACAGCUACUGGAACUGAUUCGUUGAAAAAGGUUCGGAUUCUAAAUCUUAGCGACUGUGGAUUUACCGGUUUAGUGCCUAUGCACCUCAAUCAGUGCACCUCUCUGAUUGAGUUAAAUCUCUCUGGCAAUGCAUUGUACGCUUUUCCACGCUGCUUGCAUUUACCAAAAUUGAGACGUCUCAAUCUUCGCAAUAAUCCACGUUUACUUCGGCAGUCCACAGCCAGAUCUGUAUUGGAACCUCCAUUGGUUGAACAGUUUCCUCGUUUACAGUCGUUGGAACUCGAUCCACAACUUGCCAAGCUACUCUCUCAUCAGGCACUCGCUUGCCUGUGUCCUUAUCUCAAGUUCAUAAAUGGCAUUGAGUUCAACGAGGAGCCCACUGAGGAGACGAUCAAAACUUUCCAAGAAGCCAAGAAUCAACUGUCCUCCUUGAUUUAUUCCAAAUGGGAGGAUGAUAUUGCUUGCUUUUACAAGAAGGGCCUCCCGAAAAGAGAUGCUGUUCGUGUAGUGGAAACACUUGUGCUCCACUCCGUCAAGCGUAGUGUGGAUAUACCGGAACCGUUCUGUCACUGCAAGAGUAUCUUGGCCCGACGAGUUGCUGAGGACUUCCUGUCACCCAAACUGCUUGACGAUGAUUUUGAUGAGGACGCUAUCGAUAGAGGUCGAAGCGGUGGAGAAGCCAGCGACGAAGAAGACGAUGCUCCGGAAAGUGAAAGUGAUGUUGAUCUGGACGAGGAGGAUGACUACUCGAAGCAACAAACUGAUCCGUGUAGGAACUCGAUCUCUGCACAUACAGGGGACAAGGAUCUCCCUUUUGAAUCCGAAGUGGUCGAUAAGCACAAGCUUCUCUCGAAACGCAAAACAGUGAAAUCCGUUUCGGCGGAAUCCACACAGAUGUCUGUUGCUGAACGUGAAGCAGAAGCAGCCGCCGCCAAUUUAUCUUUAUUACCUGAUGAACCUCCGGAUCGUCUUAUCAACGUUGUCGGACAGGCUCUGCGUCAUGGGAAAACCGUUGUGUAUGCCGUUAUCCGGACUGCGGCCAGACAACCGGAUGGCGAACUCAUUCCGGUUGGUGGGGGGCUAGGUGUCACUAGCAGUGGUGGCGCCGGCGGUGGCGGUCCACGUCCUGUCGUCCAGAGCUCCGACCAAGCAGCCAAGCAAUCCAACGCAAGCGUACUGCUGCAAACUAGUUAUGAAGGCGAGGCUGCGACUUCUGUCAAUAAGGCUCCAGUCACUGGUCAAAAAUCUGCGUCUAGGCCGAUUCCACCGUCACAGAGGCAGCACACACCUGGGCCUCGACGCUCUGGCUAUCAACCUAAGGCAUCAGCCACGCCUUCACUCGCACCAAGUGCUCCGUCUGCUACUGCGUCUUUUUAUACGAGGCGAUCAGGACUACUUAGUCGGGAAGUUGUUACACCCGAUAAGCUCUUAUCUGAUCAGAUCACUCGAACUCCGGCAGUGUCCACCGUGUCGGUUGACUCCACUCCAUCUGGUCCAGUCUACACACUGAAACAACGCCCUCUGCUUCCAUCCGAUUAUAUCAUUCGUCCCUCUCAAUCCGAGUCUCAACCAGCUCUUGUGGUUCCAAAUCUUCUGAACCAACAGAAGAAGGAGCGAUCUUCCUGGACACCAGGUCGUCGAGGUCGUCCACCAUUAGCCCAGUCACUUGCCAAGAGGGCUGCUGUUGCCCAAGCCGAAGCGGUCGCAACUUCAAAGUUAAUUGAGCAUGUGACGAUUCCCCCUCCGCACUCCCCUCCUCCGCCCACAAUGCGGAUGUCCACUCGUGACUCUAAUCGUCUAAAGCGAUUCAGCGUUUAUGGAGUCAUCGAUACAGCUGCUGCUCUAGCUGGUAAAGAGGAGGCACUGCUAGCUGCCGCAUUAGCCGUCGAAGACGAACAGGAGAGCACUUCUAUCAAACAGUUGAUGCAACCUACCACUGUUCCUCCUACUCCUCCUGCUCCUGUGCUUUCUACUCCGGCUGCUACCUCUGUUUCCCCCACUCGGCCUCCUCUUCCUUCCACUUCUACACCUCUUCCCGCCUCUCCUACACGCAUUGCCCCAUCUCCAUCUCCUCCCUCUCCCUCUGCUUCUCCCACUCUUUCUGCCCCACCACCUCCCUCUACUCCUCCCGCUGCCAGUCCUCCUCCACCCGCCUCCCCCAUUGUCACCCCUCCACCCUCCACUCCUGCUCUUACCACUCCUCCGCCUUCCUCCCCUUCUUCUUCAUCUUCUCAUGAUGAUGAACUUACUGCCGAAGAGAUUGCCUUGGCGAAAGCAAAGGAGGACGCAAUGAUUGUCGUGUUGGAACCGGGCGACACACAGUGGGCAACCAAGAUGGAAUCACCAGUGAAGGAACCUGAGGUGAUUGAGAGUGGUCGAAAGCGUAAGCGCCGACCGACUGACCAGAAUGCUGUUCCGUCACCAACUCCUGCUCCAGAAUCCACUUCAACUACUGAAUCCCCUGUAGCCUUAACUCGCAAACGGCCUCCUCGAGCUCACUCUCCAAAGCCUCCGGAACCCAAGAAAGCGCAAACAGUUGCAUCUGUUCCUGCGUCGACACGCACCACUCCAAGUAGGCCAAGAGCGGACUCUGCUAAAAACAUCAGCAGUCUUACCCAAUUGGGUUCAAUUGUUGACUAUGACCCGUUGCAUUUUAUUCGGUGUCAUGCCCGGGACAACGAUCCAUUGGAUUGUGAAACAAAAGUAUGGCGCUGUGCGUUCGAACCCAGUGUGGACGAUCCGCGGAGCGAGACAUCUAGUGUCGUGGCCACCUGCGGUGGUGAGUGUGUCUGCCUCAUCGAUUGUCGAUCCGGUCGGGUUAUGAAACGGUUCAAGCAUUUGGGCGAGGAAUUCUACUCAUUGGCAUGGACGACUGUGGAAAUGGCUGCCGGACAUAAAACCAACUUACUGGCUGCAGCUGGGAAAUUGCGUGAAAUCCGUCUUUUACACCCCGAGCAGUUGGUGUGCUAUGCUGAGAUGCGUGGCCACAAAGACGACAUCGCCUGCAUGAUUUUCCAUCCGGAAAAGCCGACGAUCCUGUUUUCAGGAGAUUCAAAGGCCUCCGUCCUCGUUUGGGAUGUCGGCAUUCCCUCUGCUCCAGAAUAUCGCACUCGGCACCAACUUCUCAUGCGCUUAGUGUGCCCCAGACCCAAUUUGAACCCAGUCCUCAACCUGAUUUUCCUUCCCAAAUACAAUUGUCUCCUCUCCGGUUGCGAAGACGGUGUGUUCUCAUGGACAUUCAGUGAGUUCCGCAAGGAGAAGCUCACGGAUGAGAGACAACCAGAUGUCGAGUUGAAGAUCCCAACUCGUCGUGAGCCUUGUUUCGAUGGAUUAGCAAAGUUAAGCGAUGAUCUUGUCGUGGUUAAAUGUGUUGAGGAGGGCGAAAUUUACGUGUUUGAUUAUUCACAAGUCUCACAGCGAUCGAGACGUUUGGGAACAAAGAAAACGGUGAAUGUGGAAAUCCGUGGUCAAUUGCGUUGGCACACCACGGAUGAGAUUUACAUCAAUGUGACCGCUCGCAGCGGUUUAAACACCGUGAUAUGCGGAGAUAACGAGGGUACGAUUUGGUUGUACGACCUGCAAAAGCAAGUUGGGGAAGACGCACGCCGAUUCAAAUUGAAACCGCUAAAGAUUCUCGAAUGGCCCGAGUGUAGUAUUGGUGGAUCGAAGGAUGAGGAUGCACAAAUGAAAGAGAACAUCACUUCCGGUUUCAAAAACCCCGUCGUGAACGCCACAGACAUCAGCCACGAUGGUCAGUAUCUGGCCGCUGUUACAGAUAACAAUUUGGUGUGCAUCUGGAAAUUUUCCGGCUAACUCGUCCACAUCCGCUUUUACUCUCUCUCUCCAUCACACCACCUCCCGGUUCUGGUUGAUCGUGACGACAUCCUUUGUGUAAAGCAUUAUCCGUCAUUUUCUCUAUACAUUUACUCAUUAUCCAGCCUGUUACUUGUCUUUGGCUUCCAUUGCUGCAUCCCGCAUAUCUGCCAUUCUUCUGGGACAUAUCAAGCUUGAGCACAUCAUCUUGAAUGAUCUGCUAUUUUUUUAGUCAUUCAACCGGACAGUUAUUUACAAGG